CUCACUUUCGUCUCAGACUGCGCCCGCGUCUUUAUCUGCCCGCUUCCCUUCUCUUCCUCUCUCUUCUCUUCUUCAUCAUCACUCCGUCCACCAAUCUCUCUCUUCUGCACCACCACAAAGUCCAACAUUCCUCCUUGACUUGGCCAGUCUUCCUUGUGUCUGUGGCUUGUUCUCGCAUUGAAGACUCUGCUCCCUUGCACCAUCUUGUCCGUCAAAGUCAGCUCAUACACCUGCAUCAUGUGGUUCUACCAUCUGCUCCUCCUGGCCAUGGCCGUCUUCGGUCUUGCCGAAAUGAUUCCAAUGUCACAGUGUGCCAGUGCUUCAACUUCAGCAGCAGGACCAGGCUGCACUAUGACCUACACUCCUUACAUGGCUCCUCAAAUUGCUCCAACCACCACAAUCUAUGCUGCAAUCAUGACAACUUACUACUAUAUCGUCGACUGCCGCUAUUGCACCGUCACCAACUUCGAAAACAACCCAUCUCCAGUGGGACCGUUCACUACAAAGACCACGAGUUCCAUGCUCACCAUCACUCGAGUUGAAUGCAUGGAAGAAACUGCAGCUUCGACCAGAGGAAGUUACCAUAUUCGUGGAUAUGAAGAGAUUGAACCAGUCCAAACCCAGGCCGUCGAACAAAAUGAGUUGAAUGAACAAAUUGGCUCUCACAAAAUUCGCCGUGAGACCUCAGCUGUUGCGGCUGCAAUCAUGGAUCUUGCAAACCAAUUCAGUGCCGACAUCCUCCCGGACAUCCAACUACUCCCUGGUCCAGCUGCACAGUCAUUGACGGAAAUCUUGUCUGCCCUGUUUGCACUCAACAUUGCAGACUCCGGCCUCAAUCUCACUCAGGCUUGCCAGCAAGUCCAGACAACAGAAAUCAGAUAUUGGUUGCUUGAUUCCAACCUCAAUCCUGACCAGAUCAGUGCCCUGAUCUGCUGGAUUGCACGAAAUGGCUACGACUUCAAUACUACUCGUGCCGAUGUCAUCUCCACUUUGGAGGCUGCGGUCUGGGGUCUUGAAGUCGCUGCCGGCUUCAGCAACAACCUCACUACGAUCUGCAACGACCUUGAUCUCUUUGGUGCAAUUGGUGGCGAUCUGGGCAUCAACACACAGCAGUAUCGACAAAUCGUCUGCCCCAACCUCUCUACUGGAAUUGCCACUUCGUCCACCAACGCUGGGCCAACUGCAGUCAUCCCGUCCGUGUCCAAUGGUACAACCAGUUGGUCCAAUGCCACAAUCGUUCCUAUUCCAGCCAGUGGUGCACCUAUGGCAACCGGCAACGCCUCUUUCUCUGGUGGUGCUCCUUAUGCUGCCAGCAAUGCAUCCUUGCCUGGCACUGGUGCUCCCUGGGUUUCAGGCAACGUCUCUGCUUCGGACAACAGCUCGACCUGGGGUCCACCCAUCUCCUAUACUGGUAGCCUCACAAGCUGGCCAGCCAACUGGACUCAAGCUACUGGUGUCAGUGGUACUGCUGUUGCUUCCGACGCCAUGCCUGGCCCAUACUUCGGUACUGGCCUUCGAGCACGUGUACCACCGAGCCCAAUCAUGAAGCGGUUCUACCCAGCCAUUCCCACCACGACCAGCCAGACCACCUUCAAGCAAUACUGAACGGCAUGAAACCCUCACUGGGUCCUUUUCUGCCAAGUGUGGUGACAGGAUAGAUGGACAAGUGAAUCAAUACGGGUCGUCAUGAUAUGCAUAUGAGACGACCAACGAAAGAGUUCUGCACAAAUAAUCAAAGUAUGAUAGAGAGCUUCGGAUGAAAAUGGGCUGUACAUCUUAGCUUGAGUAUGGUAUUACCACAAUGUUGUAAUUCAAUGGCACCUUGCUGCCUUCAGUAUUCUCCC